CCAGCAUCCUAUGACCUCCUAUGACCUCUCCACAGACCACCAGUUCUGACAUACAGCUGAGACCAGGGGAGCCUGAGGUUGAUGCUGAUGCAGAAGAAGAUGAUUCUGUCAAUGAAGUGACAAUAGAAAACAUACGGCCAAGGCCACAAGGAUCCUCUCCAGUUUAUGAGUAUUCCAUAGAAGAAGAAUAUUUUAACAAAAAGCUACAAGAAGAUACAGAGAACGAAAAAUAUUCCACAGACAAACAAAAAAUGAGUUAUUCACAGGAGUCUAUGGAGGUGACCCUGAAAACAGAAGUGGAAUCUGGUGCUAGCGGUUUUAGUGUGACUGGUGGAGGAAAUGAAGGAAUAUUUGUAAAACAGGUGCUCAAAGGAUCCCCUGCUUCAAAAAUAUUCAGUUUGAGAGAAGGUGAUCAGCUAUUAAGUGCCACAAUAUUUUUUGAUAAUAUCAAAUAUGAAGAUGCACUCAAGAUUCUACAAUAUUCCGAGCCAUACAAAGUACAAUUCAGUCUCAAAAGAAAACUUGCUGGGAAAGAAGAGCUAGAAAAAAUACAUUCUACAGCACAACACAAGAAGGAAAAAAUAAGUCAGUUCAAAAUGCCAACAUUUGGCAUAUCGCCUUCAUUUGGCUGGUCCACCUCAAAAGAGACCAGUGGUGGAGUAGCAGAUGUUGAAGCAAGCCUGAAAGAGCCCCAGGUGACAGUGCCAUCAGCCAGGGCAGAAGGAGAGAUAACAGUGUCAGGACCUGCAAUCCAGGCUCCAAGUGUUGAACUGGAAAUCGGGACUUCUGCAGGAAAAGAUGAUGAGAAGGGAAAAAUUAAAAUGCCUGAUGUUAAGCUGCCGAGUGUGAAGCUUCCCGGGGUCAAGGCUCCCGAAGUACAGGUCAGUCUGCCAAAGGUGGAGGCAGAUAUUUCCCUUCCCAAAUCACAAGCAGAAAUUAAAGAGGGGGGAUUUGAAGUGCAAGUUCCCGACAUGGAAAGCCGUAUUGAAAUUGAGAAAGGGAAAGCUGAGGCAACAGGGAUGAAAAUACACAUGCCAAAAGUCAAGAUGCCUUCUAUGGGAUUUUCUAAACCAGAAAUCAAAGCUCCCAAAGUAGACAUGGAUGUUACUUUACCCAAAGUUGAUGUCGCACUUCCAACGUGUGAUGUCAGUCUUCAAGAAGCUGACCUGAAAGCAGCCUCUGUUCCCGGAGAUGUCAAAAUCUCAGCACCUGGAGUCAAAAUGCCCAAAAUAGAAGUUUCCAUUCAGCUGAGGGGUCCAGGGAUUGAACCGAAAGAGCCAUCAGCUGAAAUUACAGUGGAGGGACCAGAGGGGAAAGUUUCUGGUUUGGAAGGGAAAAUUCAAAUGCCUAAAUUUGAAAAGCCAAAAUUUAGAGUUUCACUUCCAAAAGGCAAAGUGCUAGAAGGCGAGAUCAGUUUAUCCAAAAUGGAAGCUGACAUUCCCAAGCCAAAAGUCAAAGGCCAACUGGGUGCAAUCGGCGUGGAAACCCCGACGCUAGCAGUGGAAGCUCAUGUUCCUGACAUAGAAACUGAAGCUUCCGGCUGGAAAAUACAAAUGCCAUCACUCAAAAUGCCCAAAAUGCCGAAAGCAGACAUUCAAGCACCAAAGGUGGACAUCACCCUCCCAUCAGUAGAUAUUUCUCUUCCAAAGGCCAAGGUGGACAUUAAGGGCCCAGAAGCAAAAGCGAAAGCGGUGGAGGUAGAAGGUGAAAUAAAAGUCACUGAUAAAGAUGCUAAAGGAAAAGAAAGUAAAUUCAAAAUGCCAACAUUUGGCAUGCCUUCAUUUGGCUGGUCCACCUCAAAAGAGACCAGUGGUGGAGUAGCAGAUGUUGAAGCAAGCCUGAAAGAGCCCCAGGUGACAAUGCCAUCAGCCAGGGCAGAAGGAGAGAUAACAAUGUCAGGACGUGCAAUCCAGGCUGCAAGUGUUGAUCUGGAAAUCGGGACUUCAGCAGGAAAAGAUGGUGAGAAGGGAAAAAUUAAAAUGCCUGAUGUUAAGCUGCCGAGUGUGAAGCUUCCCGAAGUCAAGGCUCCCCAGGUACAUGUCAGUCUGCCAAAGGUGGAGGCAGAUAUUUCCUUUCCCAAAUCACAACCUGAAAUUAAAGAGGGGGGAUUUGAAGUGAAAGUUCCCGACAUGGAAAGCCGUAUUGAAGUUGAGACAGGGAAAGCUGAGGGAACAGGGAUGAAAAUACACAUUCCAAAAGUCAAGAUGCCUUCUCUAGGAUUUUCUAAACCAAAAACUAAAGCUCCCCAAGUUGACGUGGAUGUUACAUUACCCAAAGUUGAUGUCACACUUCCGACGUGUGAUGUCAGUCUUCAAGAACCUGACCUAAAAGCAGCCUCUGUUCCCGGAGAUGUCAAAAUCUCAGCACCCGGAGUCAAGAUGCCCAAAAUAGAAGGUUCCAUUCAGCUGAAGGGUCCAGGGAUGGAAGGGAAAGAGCCUUCGGCUGAAUUUGCAGUGGAGGGACCAGAGGGCAAAGCUGGCAGCAAAGUGCUAGAAGGCGAGAUCAGCUUACCAAGAAUGGAAGUUGACAUUCCCAAACCAAAAGUCAAAGGCCAAGUGGGUGCAAUCGGCGUGGAAACCCCGACGCUAGCAGUGGUAGCUGAUGUUUCUGACAUAGAAACUGAAGCUUCCGGCUGGAAAAUACAAAUGCCAUCACUCAAAAUGCCCAAAAUGCCGAAAGCAGACAUUCAAGCACCAAAGGUGGACAUCACCCUCCCAUCAGUAGAUGUUUCUCUUUCAAAGGCCAAGGUGGAGAUUAAAGGCCCAGAAGCAACAGCGAAAGCGGUGGAGAUAGAAGGUGAAAUAAAAGCCACAGAUAAAGACCCCAAAGGAAAAGCAAGUAUAUUCAAAAUGCCAAAAUUCAGUAUGCCUUCAUUUGGCUGGUCCACCUCAAAAGAGACCAGUGGUGGAGUAGCAGAUGUUGAAGCAAGCCUGAAAGAGCCCCAGGUGACAGUGCCAUCAGCCAGGGCAGAAGGAGAGAUAACAGUAUCAGGACCUGCAAUCCAGGCUCCAAGUGUUGAACUGAAAAUCCGGACUUCUGCAGGAAUAGAUGAUGAGAAGGGAAAAAUUAAAAUGCCUGAUGUUAAGCUGCCGAGUGUGAAGCUUCCCGAGGUCAAGGCUCCCCAGGUACAGGUCAGUCUGCCAAAGGUGGAGGCAGAUAUUUCCCUUCCCAAAUCACAAGCCGAAACUAAAGAGGGGGGAUUUCAAGUGAAAGUUCCUGACAUGGAAAGCCGUAUUGAAGUUGAGACAGGGAAAGCUGAGACAACAGGGAUGAAAAUACACAUGCCAAAAGUCAAGAUGCCUUCUCUAGGAUUUUCUAAACCUAAAAUCAAAGCUCCCAAAGUAGACGUGGAUGUUACUUUACCCAAAGUCGAUGUCACACUUCCAACUUGUGAUGUCAGUCUUCAAGAAGCUGACCUGAAAGCAGCCUCUGUUCCCGGAGAUGUCAAAAUCUCAGAACCUGGAGUCAAGAUGCCCAAAAUAGAAGGUUCCAUUCAGCUGAAGGGUCCUGGGAUGGAAGUGAAAGAGCCAUCUGUUGAAAUUACAGUGAAGGGACCAGAGGGGAAAGCUGGCAGUUUGGAAGGGAAAAUUCAAAUGCCUAAAUUUGAAAAGCCAAAGUUUGGAGUUUCACUUCCAAAAGGCAAGGUGCCAGAAGGUGAGAUCAAUUUAUCCAAAAUGGAAGCUGACAUUCCCAAGCCAAAAGUCGAAGGCCAAGUGGGUGCAAUCGGCGUGGAAACCCCGACGCUAGCAGUGGAAGCCGAUGUUCCCGACGUAGAGACUGAAGCUUCUGGCUGGAAAAUACAAAUGCCAUCACUCAAAAUGUCCAAAAUGCUGAAAGCAGACAUUCAAGCACCAAAGGUGGACAUCACCCUCUCAUCAGUAGAUGUUUCUCUUCCAAAGGCCGAGAUGGAGAUUAAGGGCCCAGAAGCAACAGCUAAAGCGGUGGAGAUAGAAGGUGAAAUAAAGGUCACAGAUAAAGAUGCUAAAGGAAAAGAAAGCAAGUUCAAAAUGCCAAAAUUCAAAGUCCCAUCAUUUAGCUGGUCACCAAAGAAAGAAGCAGUUGUUACAUGUGAUACUGAAGCAACCCUUGAGGAGCCUACUUUCGCCUCUUCAUUAGGAGAAACAGAAGCUGAACUAACAUUAACUGUAGCUGAGGUUCAGUGCCCAAAUGUGGAUCUCGAAAGUGAUAUGCCUACAGAAAAAGAUGAUGAGAAGGGCAAAAUUAAAAAGCCUCAGUUCAGCAUGCCAAAGAUAUCACUUCCUAAAAUGAAGGGUCACAAAGGACAGAUCUCUCUGCCAAAAUUGGAAAGUGAUGUUAGUGGUCCUAAACCAGAAAAUGAAGGAGAUGUUUCAGUGCAGAUAUCAGAGAAAGGAAGCAGUGGAGAUGGAGAAGGAAUAGCCAUAAAAAUGCCAAAGGUUAAGAUCUCUACUUCAGAAUUUUCAAAACCAGAAACCAAAGCUCCCAAAAUGGAUGUGGAUGUUAGCUUACCUACGGUUGAUCUCACGCUUCCUACAUAUGAUGCGACUAUUCAACAAGCUGACUUGAAAUUGAGGUCUGCUGGUGCUGAUGUCAGCCUGUCAGCCCCAGAUAUUAAGAUUCCAACAUCAGAAGGAUCCACAGAGUUGCAAAGUCCAGAAACAGGGGUUGAAGGAAUAUCAGCUGGACUUGCUGUGGAUGGAGCAGAGAUGAAAGUUGAAGGUCUUGAAGGGAAGAUUAAAAUGCCCAAAUUCCAAAAUCCAAAGUUUGGAAUUUCACAUCCUAAAGGGAAAGUGCCAGAGAGUGAGAUCAGCUUAUACAAAAUGGAAGCUGAUGUUCCCCAGCUAAAAGCAAUGACAGAUAUUGUUGACAUUGCUGUGGAAGCACCAACAGUAGAAGUUGAAUCUGCCAUCCCUAAUGCAGAAACAGAAUCUUCAGGCUGGAAAAUCAAAAUGCUGAAAAUAUCUGAAACUGAUAUUAAGACACCCAAAGUUGACAUUAACCUCCAAUCCAACGUUUCUUUUCCAAUUACAGAGAUUAGCAUUCAAGAUUCAAAUAUGGCAUCUAAAGCAACAAUGGUUGAAGAAGAAAUAAAACCUGGAGAUACAGAUAUGGAAGGGAAAGAAGGACAUUUCAAGUUGCCAAAAUUCAAAUUGCCAUCAUUUAGUUGGUCACCAAAAAAAGAAGCAAGCAUUAAAGCUGAUUCUGAAGCACUUCUGGAAGAGCCUAAAAUUACCGUAUCAUCAAGCAAAACAGACACAAAACUAGCAGAAAUUGUAACUAAGGAUCAGGGUCCAAGCAUGGAUCUUGAUAUUGAAAUAUCUACAGGAAAAGAAGAACAAAAAAGCCAAAUUAAAAAGCCUCAAUUUAUCAUGCCUAAAAUUUCAUUCUCCAAAAUUAAGCCUCCUAAAUCUCAGGUGAAUCUGCCAAAAGUGGAAGCUGAUGUUACUGUUCCUAAACCAGAAAGAGAUGGAGAAGACUUAGUGCAGAUACCUGAUAUAGAAAGCAGUCAUACCAAAAGCAUAGAAGAGGGAGCACAAAUAAGCAUAAAAAUGCCAAAAGUUCAGAUUCCUACUCCGGAAUUUUCCAAACCAGAAAUCAAAGUUCCCAAAUCAGACAUGGACAUUAGCCUACCUAAGGUUGAUGCCACCUUUCCUACAUAUGAUGUGAGUCUUCAACAAGCUGACCUCAAAUUAAGGUCUGCUGGUGAUGAUGUCAGCUUGUCCCCAGGUAUUAAAUUUCCCACAACAGAAGUUUCCAUUGAGCUGAAAAGUCCAGAAACAGGAAUUCAAGGACCAUUGGCAGUGGAUGGAGCAGAAGUGAAAGCUGAAAGUCGUGAAGGGAAGAUGAAAAUGCCUAAAUUCCAAAAGUCAAAGUUUGGAAUUUCACUUCCAAAAGGACAAAGACCAGAAAGUGAGAUCAGCUUACCCAAAAUGGAAUCUGGAGUUCCCCAGCUUACAAUGACAACAGAUAUUGCUGACAUUGCUGCGGAAGCUCCAAUACUAGAAAUUAAAUCUGAUGUCUCUGAUGCAGAAAUAGAGGUUUCAGCUGGGAAAAUGAAAAUGCCUCAAGUUUCUAUCACUGACAGUAAAGCUCCAAAGAUGGAUGUUAGUCUCCCAUCAGUUUCUGUUUCAACCACAGAGGUGGCCAUUCAAAGCCCUAUGGUGGAGAAUAUGAAAGUGCAAGGCGAACAUGAAAUGAAGUCUGGCGAAAUUCAGACUGAAGAACAUCAGGGCUGGUUUAAAAUGCCAAAAUUCAGAAUGCCAACAUUUGGUCGGUCAUCUUCUAAGGAAAAAAGAGGUGACAUUGAUAGUGAAGGGAGCCUGGAAAAGCCUCAAGUAAGUGCUCCUUCUGCUGAAAUGCAAACUGAAAUAGAAGCUCCUAAAUAUGCAAUAUCAUUGCCAUAUGUGGACACUGAAUUUGCUGCUGGAAAGGAUGUUUUGGAAGGUAAAAUCAAAUCUGCUAAAGCAGAGAUUCCAAAAGUGGGAGUUUCUCUCCACAAAGGUAAAAGUUAUGAUGUUACCUCAUCAAAGUUUGAAGCAGAAGUUUCACUACCUCCAGAAAAAGCGGUUAUUAAAGUGAGCAUUCCUGAAACGGAAACUUAUGCUGAUGUAGUUAAACGCGGUGCUGAAGGACAACAAUUGAAAACAUAUACUCCAAAAGUCAUGAUACCUAAGAUAGAACUCUCUACAUCAGAAAUUAGUACUUCAAAAACUAGGGUGGACAUCAGCUUACCAAAAGCUGACAUUACACUCCCUAAAUGUGAUCUGACCCUUCAAGAACAAAAAGCCAAAUCAGAGCGUGCAGAGGUUCCAACAGCAGAACAUUCCAUUGAGCUGAAGAGUCCAGAAAUAGGAGCCAAAGCACCAUCUGUUGAAAUUGCUUUGGAUGGAACACAGAAGAAAUUAGAUGUCCUCCCAAAAGUAGAGCUGGACAUUCUACCUGCAGAUGCAGGAGUUAAAACUGAAAAGCUAGAGGGUGUGAUAAAAUCUACAGAAAAGGAUGUUCAAGGAAGAGAAAGUAAAUUAAAAAUGCCAAAAUUCAGUGUACCCUCAUUUGGAUGGCCUGCCGCAAAGGGAACAGGAGAUGCUGCUGAUAUUAAAACCAACCUUGAAGAGACCAAGAUAGAUGCUCCAGGAAUUAAAAUGGAUUCUGAAAUAAGUGUUGUAGACCAUGAAAUACAGUUUCCAGCUGAAAGUGUUGAAAAGGAUAUAUCUGCAGGAGUCAGGGUGAAAGUGGAAGAUGGAGAUGAAGCAAGCAAAAUGAAAACAUCUAAAUUUAAGAUGCCAAAGUUGGGAGUGUUACAUUCAAAAGCAAAGGGUUCUGAAGUUGAUGUCUUUCUCCCAAAGUUAGAGGCUGAUGUUUCACUGCCUAAAACUGAACUAGGCAUAGUAGAAAUCCAGUUUAAAAAAGCAGAUGGUUCCAUUGACCUGCAAAGCCCAAGCUCAGACCUUAUGGAAUCAUCAACCAGGAUUUCAAAGGACAAGCCAGACAAAAAAAGUGAAAGUGUAGAGGUAAAUAUUAAAAUUCCCAAAUUAAAAAUACCAGCGUUCACUUACAAUGCACCCACAGUUGAAACUGACAUUUCAACAUCAAAAGUGGCAACAGACUUGAAAGGUGCUGGUACUGACAUUGAAACACCAAAACUGGAAGUAAGCACUAGGAUCCCUAAAGAAAGACCAGAGUGUGCGGGUGGUAAUAUCCAAACACCAUCAGUCAAAAUUCCAAUAUUGGCUCAACGUGACAUUAAAACCUCAGAGGUAUAUGUUAAACUCCCAUCCACAGACUCUUCGGUUUCAAAAGCAGCACUACAGAUUCAGGGACCACUUGCAGAGGGUAAAGAAAUAAAGACACAAGGUGAAGUUGAAUCUGGACAUGUUGAUAUCAAAACGCACGAGACUUACUCCUCUCAGAUAGUGAAAGAAUCUGAGAUUCCUUCAUCAGAAAUUAAAACUGCUAGUUUUGGAUUUUCACUUCUCAAAGUGAAGAUACCCGAGUCACAUGUUAAACUAGACAUGCCAGUCAAACUGCAGUCUUAUACAGAAUAUAAACAUGAGGUGUCCCAGAGUGAAGUUCACCAACCUAAACUUUCUGAUGCAAAUUUAGGGGUAGCAAUACAAAAGACUGACACUGUUGAGUUUAAAUUAUCUGGCAAAUCACAAAGUGAAACUGAUGAAUCUAAUGAUGUCAUAUCUUCCAGUGUUAGUUUGCCAAAAUUGAAAACAUUUACAGUUGAAGUACAGCCUUCCAGUAAACUUGGAGACACUCAAUCUGAUAAGCAACCAGAGGAAAUAGCUGUAUCUCCUCUCUCUAAAGAUGAUGAAAUAGGCAAAAUACCAGAAGAUGAAGAAAAAGAUAUGAAGGAUCAAAAAGAAAAAACUGACAGUAAAAGAUCUUCUGGCAGAUUCAAAUUUUGGCUUCCAAGUAUUGGGUUUUCUUCCUCUGUUGAUGACACAGGCUCAGAUUCCAAACCUGAAGUCCAAAAAUCAAUUCCAGAAGAAACCCAACCUGUUGACUCUUCUGCGUCAGAUACUGACUCUUCUAAACAAACUGAAAAAACUGGAUGGUUUAGAUUUCCCAAGUUAGGCUUCUCAUCCCCAUCAAAAAAGGCUAAGAACAUUGACAAAGAAGAAGAGACAAAUCUAAAAGAAAUGAAAACUUCAGAUGAUGAAAGUCCAUCAGAGAAACCGGAAACAUUUUUUGAUGCAGAAGAAAGCUUAUCGCCUAAAGAAGAAACAAUUAAGGGUGAAGAAAAUGAAACUACAGGGAACUCAUCUAACGUCCACGUUUCUGGUGCUAUAGUUACAUCAUCAGCAAGAACUGAAUUAAUCUUGUUGGAGAGGGAAAGAGCUAGUCAGCAAAGUAUUCUUGAAGAAACCACCAAAUGAGUAUUUUUUUCUGAUCUAAACGUAUAUGGAAAAUCUGAAGGUAGAACAAACUAAGAGAAAAACACAUUCAGAAAAAUGCUGUCUUCCCAAAGAGUUUUCCAGAAGAAAUGAAAGUGGAACAGAACUUAAAACUGACACUUAUGAAAACAGUCUAUGGAUCAUUCUUCACUACACUGGCAUUUGUAAGCAUAUGAACAUACUGUAGGUCCUAAUGAAACAUUUGUUUCCAUGAGAUGUAUGCAAGAAGAAACACACAACUACUGAAGACAAGGAGGCAUUCAUACUUUUAACAAAGUCUGAUAAAAUUCUCCUAACCAAGCAAAAUAAAGUGUUGAAUGGAGCAAAGAUAGUGAAAAGCUUUUAUUAAAUAUAAUUCUCUAAAACAUGCCAAUUGUGUUUAGGUUAUAGAUUAUUUGCAGAAAGGAGUAUAAAGCUAGUGCUAUGAGGACUAGAAAUAUACAUAACUGUUUAGAUUUUAUUUUAUAAAAUAUAUUUCUGCCUUGAUGUUGCUUUCUUACGAAAAAUAUAUUUUCUUUAUCUUAGAUAGAGCAAUAUUUGUAUUCCAUGAUCAUUUUAAAAUGUCAAACAAGUAGAAAUAAUACUGUUGAUAUGACAAUCCUUCCCCCGCCCCUCCCCCCCCCCCCCCAGUUAGUAGGAUGGAUAAUAUUUAGCCUUAAAAAAAAUUAAAAUUUCAGGAAAUGCUCCAGAUUCCUUAAAAAUAUAUACUGCUGAUUCACAUAUUCAAAAUACAAAAAUAAAAUAUGGCAACUGAGAAGAAGAAUAAAAAAAAUUGGGGUAAGAAAGUUCAUUAUGUAUAUACUUAUCAGAAUAGUUAAUGCAUAGAAUGGGGCAUAUGUGAGUGGAAUCACUGGAAAGGUUUUUCCAGAGAAAAAAGAUGUAAAUAGUUAUUUACCUUUUGUUUAUAUCAAUGCUUCUCUUAAGUACACGACCAAAAAGGUAGUACCAUAUAUGUUAGCCAUCACUGUACAUGUAUUACUAAAAUGUUGAAUGUAUUCUCAAUUCACAGUACAGUCACUGUAUUGAUAAUAAAUGCAGU